AUGAGUCCGAGGAGGACUCGUCUGAACGACGCAGACGCCGACACAACAGGAAAAAAGAAGAAGCAUAAGGGUGAGGCAGGAAGCUCAGAGAAGCGUCCCAGUGGAGGUGCACAAGGUGGAAACGUUUUCAGGCCGGAAACCAUUGGUGGAAUGAGUGUGACUGGCUUUCAUGAAUUAUUUAUAGGGGACGAAGGUGAUGAAGAACGGGAAAACGAGCCGAAGCCCCCCAAAAAGAGCGGCCGCGGAGGCCGCAGAAGAGGCGAAGAGACUUCUGAAGAGAGUGGUGGGCGAAAACGUCGCCGGAAGAAGGAAUCCGAGGAAGAGGAGGAAGAAGAGAGGAAGAAAAGAAGGCGCCGUAAAAAAGGCCACAUGAGAGAUUCCUCAGAGGAAGAGGAAGAGGAGAAAAGGAGACCUAAAAAUCAAAGGAAAAAGCCUGUCGCUGGUGGAGGUGGCGGUGGGAAACGUGGUGGAUCAGGUGGAGGUGCACGAGGUGGAGGCACUGCCACUGGAGGUGGAGAAGGUGGAAAGAACCCCAGACCUACGCCAGUCCCAACUGCCCCUACCGGAAGAGUUCCCAGUGGAGGUGCUGGAGGAGGUGGGAGAGGUGGAGGUGACGCAGCUCCUGGGCCUCAGGGUGGUGGUGGCGCUAGCACCACAAACACUGCUAAGAAGGGUUAUGGCAGAGGUUUCGGCCGUUCAACGGGUUCUGGGGAGGAUGACGAUAAAGAAGAUAAUAACGAAGAGAAUGGGUUCUGA